UGACAGUGGGGACAAGAACACCUCGCGUGGGCCUCUCUUGUCCAGAACGGUUACCGUUUGUUGCCUACUGCUCGUGUGUCAAGCCGGGAGCUCGGAGGACUUGUGCUGCUCAAGCAGUCAAGGGGGGCACUAAAGUGGGAUCCGGGCUGUGAACGGGGCAGUUUGAGUCUUCUCCGCUGAGACGAUACACGACCAGCAGCUACCACACAGAGCAGCACCAGCAGCAGCACAGCAGCAUAAGAAAGAGGGAGCAAAAUGGGCAAGAAGGGCAAGGGCACGAAGAAGGAGGAAAAGCCCAAGAAGGAACCCUUGUCAUCCAGGGACAGACUCAAGGAAGCACUCGAGGCAACCAACGUGACCACCAGCAGCGCAUCCGCUCCCCGUACAAGCUCCAGCAAGAAGUCUGAACGCAGCAGCAGCGUGGUCACCAAGAUCGGAUGCACGGAGAGUUUCAAAUGGGACAACAGCGAGGCAACCCCGGUGCUGCCGCCGAUGCCAGCGACGGUGUACGUAGGAGGCCAAGAGGGACUGAAGAUGUUUGUGCUGGACCACAUGAUGGUGAAGCGGAGUGUGCCUAUCCUGUACAACAACAUCCUUCGGCACGGGUGGAAUAAAUACUUCUCCUGGAGGUGCGACACAAAUGCGUUGGCAAAGAGCGCGAUGAAGAGCAAGACCCUCAAGGACGGCCUCUCGGCACCGCUGGUGAUCGCGUUCAUGGUUUCGGUCUGGAUCCACGCGGAGGCACAAGCAAAGGGCAGCUCCAGGAUGGACGCUGCGGAAAACGGGAAGCCGCUGCACAUCGUGGUCAUUGGCGCGACGGCUGUCAACGAGGAGAAAAUCCUGAGAGAGACCAACUACUGGGACGAGCUGUCCAAUUUUUUCAGCGGGCGGAAGUUGCACCUGUACCUGACAGGCCUCGAGAUGAGCGGCAAGGACGGCGUGUUCCAAAAGAAGCCCGGCCAGGAAGAAGGACAAGCUGACGGCCCGAGGAUGAAGGUGGAGUGCUGGAAGGCUAACGGAGUGGACUUCUUCCUGCAGAAAGGCCGGUUAGCGACGUUUCGGAAGGAGGAUACGGUGGUGGUGGGCCUGAACUGUGGCUUCGGGAUGGCGGGGCACCACAUCAUCACAAACCAGUCUCCCAACCAGGCGCUACCGUCAAAUGAAGUCCUGUGGAAAUGGAUCCCCACGCUGUACUUCUUCGCGGCGCUCGACUUGCCCCUCAUGAUUACGGCCUCCUCCCUGGCAGAUGCGACCACGGCCAGAUCAAUGUUGCAGUACGUCGUCGGGACAUACGAGCUGGUACGCAUCAGUCAAUCACCGGUACCGUUCGAGAGCACAGUCCCGGGGCAGCAGGUCGUUCAGGCGAACAGCCACUGUAUCUUGGUCCGAGGACAGCGACCGGGCUUUAAUUUCUCCGUGCAAGUGCAUCCCGAUAUUGACUCGCGCACUGAGAUCCUGAGAAAGGAGUUGACCAACAACGACCCGAAAGACAAUUUCCCUUUGCACGCGUCGGUGCGGAAGGCAGAGUCUCACAAUGACACGAGAGAGCAAGGAGGCUCGGAGUUGAUUCCGCUGAAGAAGUAUGGGAACUAUCCGCCAGAGAAGGACAAAAGCAACGACGACAACGGGGCAACUGACGCAAAUGUGCCGGCACCAGGGACACGAGGCAGGGAGGGGCCGAUGAAGGUGAACCUCGAGUACAAGUUCUUGAGGACGUCGGACGGAGCCUUUGACACUCUGGAGAUGACCCUACAGGACGUGUUCAUGACAGAACCAGCGCAGGCACGCUUGGGCGCGAGGAGACGUAGCGUCGUUCUGUACUACUACGACUGCCAGAAGUUCUGCGACGUGGUGUUCGAGGCCGCCCUUCCAAACGAAGUGGACCACACCAAGACAAAUAUUGUGUUCCGACGGUCAGAUUGUUCAGCGAAGGUGGUCUUUCGGCUGAAAGAAAGCGACAAGUAGCUGUAGGGAGUCGUGUGUUGAGGAUUACAAACUGCUGUGGAGCUUUGCCCUGGGGCUGUGUUGGAGGGAGAGAGGAAUAACCAGCUCGAGAUACGGAGUGAACAAAUAUGACACCACCUCGGGUCUUACGAAGCAUCAACCCGCCACUGCUGCGAGUGAACCGAAGGGUUGGGGUGUGGACGUAUGUGUGGUUCGGAUACUCUGCUGAUGUCUCAGCCGCUCGGGAGUAGAACGGAGAUUGCGAUUUCGGCUUCAGCAUGCAAACGCUUCAGAGCUGAAUGGGGCUGUAGUGCAUGGGUUUUCCCUUUCGACUGCUAAGCUGUUUCCGUUGAUUGAUCAUGAACGGGAGUUGACGGCUAUAGCAUUAGAACGUACAGUAGAGGUCGCGACUCGGGCUCCUGGAAUUGUUUUGCCAAGGGGUUGAGGCGAAAAUACGGGGUGUGCUGCUGAUGCUAGAAUGCAAAUGCCGCCGCGUUUCUUGGCGCGAGCCUUGGACAACCAUCAGUAUUUUGGUCGUUGAGAGAAGGCAGCGACGGCGGCGUUGAUGAUGGGCGGGUAGUGUGGAGUGGCAGCAGAGUCGAUCUCGGAGCUCUUUGUUUUGUUUGCCAGCUCUCUACAGUCUACGUUCGAUCAAAUCGAGCAGGCCGUCACUGCUGUGCUUUAUUUACAUUUACAGCACGAUGCAAGGCAAAGCGUCGUUGUUUCAUUCUGAACCUCGCUGAUUGCGCCUUGCCGAUUGCGUAAACCAGGAAGAUUUGUCAUUGAGGCCACG